GGGAAAUAAUAGGCUCAUUGGAAAUAAAUAUUUCAAUUAAAUAGUGUUAUUCCUACUUCAAUUUUCUGUGUAAUUAUAAUAAUAGCCUUAUUAUGGUUUAUUAGAAUAAAAACCUUUCGAAGGUAAAUUUUAGUAGAACCACAAAUACAGAUAUGGACUUUGAUUUUAAAUUUUUACUCUUUCCUAAUCUUGAAUUCUUUAACCAAUUAUUACUCCUAUCCUGAUAUUAUCUACAAUCAAAAAGUAUAAAGACUUGUAGACAUGUUUUUAAUAAUAAGUUCACUUUCGCUGGAAGAAACCUGCUCCUAUCACCAUUGUAUUUGUGUCCCUAAAUGGAUUUUCACAAUUUUCGUUUCAGUAACAUCACUAAUGUUAGUGUUAAUUUUCUGUUAUUUUUCGGCAUCUUGCACCCGAAAUUCAACUCUGCCUGGGUAGUACUCAAGUACGUAAUUAGAGUAUCAACUAUAAUGGGAUUCUUGUUUGGAGGAAUGGUGCUAUCAGAAAUACUGAAAUUACUCCAUUCAUUGAACGACUUGGAGAAGCUGAUGGAUUCGCUGUUUCUAACCGUCACCAACUUGGUAUCGAUCGUAAAAUUCAUAUCCAUAGUUCGAAACGAGCGGAAAAUCAUGAAACUCUUGGCGCAAAUCGACAAGCGGGAAUUCCGGCCCAAAUCCCAACACCAGAAGAACAUACUGGAAUCCAACAUAAAAGCGGCAAAUGUGAUAGCACUCAUUGUGUAUUCCGGUUGUUUCGUUACCGUUCUGUUUUGGGUGAUAUCCGCUGUUAUCGGAGACGAAGUCUCCUUACCUGUUCCUUCUUACAUUCCCUUCGAAUUGACAUCCACGCCUGUUUUCGUUAUUACUUUCAUUUACGAGUCAAUUGCCACGCUGAUAGGCGGAUUUUCUAACUUGAGCGCCGAUUGUCUGAUGAUAUCUUUCGUCAUUGUUAUUAGUGCACAAUUUAAUAUACUUAACGACACUAUAGAAAAUUUAGAGCGCUUCUGCGAGGAGGAGUUCAUGGAGAAGCGUAUGAGAAUUGACCGAAGGAGCCCCGAAUUCCAAAAUCUCAUGAAUAAAAAGUUGAUAGGGUGUAUCGAGCACUAUCAAUGCAUUACAGAGUUUUCGAAAACUACCAACGACCUAUUUUCAGUUACUAUAUUUCUGCAAUUAUUUCUCAGUAUAGUAAUUAUAAGCUCGACUUUAUACGAAAUUUCAACCGGAUCGAUUACAAGUCAAGUGAAAACGUUCUCUAUGUGCGCAUACUUAUUUUGCAUAUUAGGGGAAAUUUUCCCGGUUUGCUAUUUUGCCAACGAAAUCAACGAAGGGAGCAGCAGAUUGACAACUUCUGCGUACACUUGCGACUGGGUGGACUGUUCAGUAGAGUUCAAAAAGAAUCUCUUGACGUUUAUGACAAGAACUCAGAAGAUUCUCAGACUGUAUGCCGGAAAUUUCGUUGAAAUAUCAUUGCAAAUGUUCAUGAAGAUUAUAAAAUCUUCUUGGUCGUAUUGGGCCGUUAUAAAUCAGGUGGACAAAUAAACUGCUGGAAAAAUUUAUUAUUACCCACGAACUUUGGAAUUAAUUACUGCACAACACUUGUUCUUUGGAAAAUAAAGCACUAAUACUCG